CAGAGAUAACGUUGUCCCUGACGUCAUGACGGAGUUUGGUUUUUCAGGCAGCGCCGCGGGCAGCCCGUUGUUGGUCCUUGCAGUAAGCAGCGCCGGCUGGGCUGGGGAAGAUGGCGGUGCGGGAGAUGUUGGUGUGGUUUGUCGCCGUGCUGCAGGCGGUAAGUGCGGCCUGGCUGGGGGCAGUGUGUGCCAGUUAUGGUUGGUGUGUGUAUUCCUAGUCCGGGCCGGCAGGUGGGCGCUGAGAGCUGGGAAGGGGCAGCUGAGGCUGCGGCUAGUUCGGCUCUGUUGGGAUGACGUGGCUCUGGGAGCUUCCUGCUUCAGCUUUAACAAUUGGAGCUCCACAAAGCAGAUCGUUAAAGGACCACUAUAGGCACCCAGACCACUCUAGCUUAAUGAAGCGGUCUGGGUGCCAGGUCCAGCUAGGGUUAACCCUGCCUGUUGUAAACAUAGCAGUUUCAGAGAAACUGCCAUGUUUAUAAUAGGGUUAAUGCAGCCUCUAGUGACUCUCAUUGACAGCCGCUAGAGGCGCUUCCGCGAUUCUCACUGUGAUUUUCACAGUGAGAAGACGCCAGCGUCCAUAGGAAAGCAUUGAGAAUGCUUUCCCAUGAGACUGGCUGAAUGCUCGCGAGGCUUUUUUGCCGCACAUUCAGCCGAUGACGGAAGAAGAGUGAGCCCGGCGGUGGAAAAAAGUUAAGGGAUUAACCCCCAUCCUCCCCCUUCAGCGCCACGGGAGUGGGACCCUGAGGGUGGGGGCAUCAUCUGGGCGCUAUAGUGCCAGGAAAACGAGUGUGUUUUCCUGGCACUAUAGUGUUCCUUUAAUGCUAAGACUGAUUAGCCAUUACUGGUACGGUCAGGGCUCAGUAAAACAUACCUUACACUUGGCAGUAACAUUACAAUCUGAAACUUGCAGAUCUCUUCAUUAAAGUGGGAAAUUCACAUUAUAUCUGAAAAUAGGAGAAUAAUUAAAGACAUAACUGAGAUGAGAUUUGCUUCCAGUACAACUACUGUGUACUGAAAGGUUGAAAUUAGAGACACUAUAAUCCCCAAAACAACAUUGUGACACAGUUUUGGUUAUAUAGAUCAUGCCUCUGAAGUUUCACUGCUCAAUUCACUGUCAUUUAGGAGUUAAAUCACUUUUGUUUCUAUUUAUGCAGCCACUAGUCACAGCUCCCCUGGCUGUGACUAACAGCCUGCAUGAAAACAAAAUGGUUUCACUUUCAGUCAGAUGUUAACUUGAUUUAAAAGUUAUCUCUUGUUCUGGCUCAUGCAGAUUCUCGAAGGUUAUUAACAGAGAAAGAGAUUUAAAAAGUCGUAAAUUCCUCAGCAGAAACGUUUAACUCUUCCCAUGCUUAGCCCUCCUAAUUGGCUGAGAUUGCCAACAUUAUGAAUCCAUUCACUAUCAAAGCUGUAAAAAAAUUCCACUCACUGGCAACUUGUCAUAAAUGGGGAAAUCCGAUUGUCUGACACAUGUAGUUGCCAUGGCUGGGAGGGUACAUUGGGGUUGUCAUGGCUGUUAGUGUAGACCCUUCCUUCACUUUCCAGUGCUCACUGGGUUCCCAGUCUAUAUUCUGACUUACUGAGUGCCAAUGCAAAAAGGACAGAUUACUGUGACCUGAAGGUGCAAACUACAUGCUCCCUCACAGGUUGACUAGGGUCUCUUUUUCCCCUAGAUAACAUGAGUGUUAAAGGAACACUAUUGGGUCAGUAACACACACAUACUCCCAACCCUAUUGUGUUCAUACCACCAUUUAGGUGGCUUGUCCCUUGUUAACCCCCUUAAAAGGUAAUAAAACUUACCUUGUUUCCUGCACCUUGCACGUCCACUAGCGCUGGAUCCCACCUCCUUGUUGACGUCAUAAUCUAUAGGGGAAAGCAUUGGAUUGGCUGAAAUCGGAAAGGAAGCAGGACCCUCCUCAUAGAGAUGUGUUGAAUCAAAGCAUCACUAUGAUGAACAUUCAACAUCUCCACGCAGAGUGUGCUGCGCACUGCCCCAGAAAGCACCUCCAGUGGCCAUAUGAAGAGUAGCCACUGGAGGUAUCCCUAGACAGUAAUGUAAACACUGUCUUUUCACUGAAAAUGCCUGCAGGGUAAGGAUAGACCUAUUAUCGGUUUGGCCAAUAUUCCUAUUUUUGGAAAAUAUCGGUUUCAGCCAUUGUUGAUACUGAUAUUGCUGAUAAUGUGAGAGGCGACAGUGGCCCAGCAUCGGGCGGAACACAUGGUCACAGAGCGUACCGGCUCUGGGUGCGCAAGAAUCGAGUGACCGGCAGGAAGGAAGCGCAGAGCACUCCCCCUACCAGUCACUCGGUGUAGCGUGGUCGAGUGGAGGAGAGUGGUCUGCGGUAAAGGAGCUUCAGUUUCCUGUACCCGACUGACUGACAGGAAGUGCUCACAGAGAGCACUUCCUGUCAGUCUGGCUGGGUACAGGAAACUUAGGCUCCCGUACCGUGCUCCGCUUGGCCGUGCUACAAGAAGGAUAAUGUGGCACACCAGCGAGGGGAGAGGACCACUAAAGAGAGGGGAGAGGUACUUUAAGGGACAGGGAAAGGAGAUCACUAAAUUUUGUUGAAAACAAAAAAAUAUGACUAGCAUGUAUAUUUUGUGCAUUUACCACUUAAUAAAAAAAGAUUUACAAAAAUAGAUAAAUAAUCAACAUGUUCAGUUAACAGUAGAUUUUGAAAAAAUUUUACUUUUUGAAAAAGUAAGUUAUCGGCUAUCGGCCUGAAAGUUCACAGAUUAUCGAUAUCGGCUCUAAAAAAAUCAAUAUCGGUUGAUCCCUACUGCAGGGAAUGAUUAUACUCACUAGUACAACUACAUUAAGCUGUAGUUGUUCUGGGGACUAUAGUGUCCCUUUAAAUCUCCAUUGGAAUCCCAGUGACCAUAGCACCACUUUCUGCAGAAAGUGGGGGAGCACAAAUGCAUAACAUACAGCCAGCAUUUACACACAUAACACAAUUGCCACGCACUAUUUGGUUGGCAGAGGAUGAGAAACUCAUGGAUAUUCACUUAACUUGAUUUUUUUGCAAAUUAUAUCUGAAAAUGGAAAACUGAGGCAAAAAGUUGUGACUGUGGCUGAGUUGGAGAUUUAAUUGAGGCAUUUUGUGCCAGACUGUAAAGAUUCUGUUUGUUUAUAAAGCAUUUUCAUUUGUGUUUUAGAUCUCAACAUAUGGAGCUGAACUUUCUUCUGAAGCCUGCAGAGAUGUUGGCUUCUCUAGCAAUUUGCUGUGCAGUUCCUGUGACCUACUUUCACAGUUUAGCCUGAAUGAAAUAUCUUCAUCUUGCAGGCAGUGCUGUCAGGAGGAAGCACAAUUUGAAUCGAGAAAGGUAUAUUUAAAGACCCGUGUGUACAUUCAAUGCGUUAGACCAGUUAUAGCGAACAUUUUUGAACCCAAGUGCCCAAACCACAAUACAAACUACCUUUUUUUCUGAAAGUGCCAACACGGCAAUUAUACACACUGACACCCACAAAUAAAUACACACACACCCACCCCAUACUCACAGACACUCUUAGUGCUCUACCAUCCCCUCCUGUCCGUUAGUUCUCUUUCCGGCACCCUGUGAUCUUCCCUGCCCCACUGUCCCUUAGUGUUCUCCUCUACCCUUUGUCCAUUAGGGCUCUCCCCUCCCUUACCUUAGAGCUGUCCCUUAGUGGUCUCUCCCCUCCCCCUUAGUGGUUCUCUUCUCCUCUGCCCCCUACCUUUAGUGGUUCUCUCCUGUUCCCCUGCCUAAGUCGCGAUCCGGGACACGUGGGCACCUUACCAGUGACCUAUGUCUGCAUGCUCACAGAGAGGGCUCGGCGUGCCAGCUGUGCCACGCAUGCCAUAGGUUCGCCAUCGCUGUGCUAUACUAUCCAAGCUAGUUACUCCCAACAACUAUCUUUUUGACUGUAAUGUAAUAACUUAAAUGUUUCACUAAAUUUCAGGUAAAACGUUUUUUAUUUAGUACUUACAUUUUUAAAAAAAAUAAUUUAAUUCUGCAUACAGCAUAUUUAGUAUUUAUAUAAUACCAACACAGUGAAAUCCCAACACAGUCAAAAUGAAUAUUUGAUAACGAUUCUAUCUUCAUAAAAUGCCAAUUUUUCUGAGAGAGUGACAGUGCUGCUUUAAAGGAACACUCUAAGCACCUAAGUAACUUUAGAUUAGAGUUUAUGCAUAUACUCCUGCCUUGUCACUGUAUAAGUGAUGUACACCUCUAUAGGUGUGUGUAUGUGUAUAACUGCUUGGCACUCUCCUUAUGCUUUACAACACGCUGUAUACUGCAUGUGGACCACUCAGUGAAACUAAGAAGUCAUGUGAGGGCAUCCUCUAUUAUUGUGUGUGUUUCCUCUACCCGUGUGUGUGUGAUUCACAUGGCCUUCAUUAAAGUAAAUGUUUCAUUUUUACAGCACAGUGUGUUUACUUUAGGAAUCUAAUUAUUACAUGAUUGUAUAGCAUUUUUUGUUUCUUCAUGUUUCACUCUGGUGUGUGUCAUUUUUCGAUAUGUUUUAUAUUGUUGUUUGUCCUAAAAGAGUGGACUUUCACUUUACUUUUUCACCAGCAGCAAAUUGAAUGCAACUUAAGUCAUAUUUCUUUACACCUUUUGGCUGUUUCACACCCUCUCCCCUUGCUUUUCUUUCCAAUUGACUCUGGGCAGCAUCAGACAGUCCCUAGUCCCAGCGGCAGUACUACAGCAGGGAUUUGCAUUUGUCCCUUUGUUGGUUUUUUUCCCCUUACCUGUAGUAGGGGUGUCUGCAGGGGUGCAGAAUAAGGUAGUUGCGCUAUAGGUGAUGUACUUGCCAUGGAGCCUGCACUACCUGUGAAGCUCUCUGAGCUCUGGUCUGGUCAACAAGGUGGUUAUUUUGCCUCAGAUGCUGCAAAACCUUAUUGGAAUGCUGGAAUUAUAGUAAUGGUGUGUAUUUCACGUAACUCAUUCUCACUCGCCUCACUUUCGUCGGAAAUAGAGUAGGAGCCAGUAACAGGUCGGGGGGGGGAUUGCGUUCCACUGAUGACACGCUUAUGCAAAUGGUUUGGGGGGUUAACUUGGCACCUAAACUUGAUUUAUUUUUUUAAAGAGUGCUGAAGAGUGUCUUGACUGGCAGAUGCAGUUCAACACGCAGCAGCGCCAUCACCUAUUCGCUUGGUGACUCCUUAAUAUCUGUAACAUUUAUAACAAUACUGCUAAUGAAGUUUAAAAAAAAUAGAUAACGGGCAUUCACUGGUAUUCAAAGGGUGCUUUUUUUUGUGUGUGUGUCUUCAAAAAUCAGCUUUGCUACAAAUGACGUUUUAACCCGUUCAGGUCUUUAUCAAGAUCAGUGUCAAUACAAAUGUGUACAUAUAUAAGAAAAUACAUAAACGACUUUCCAAUCAAGUGAUAGGACAGCCUGAAGACCCGGAAGUGUCGGGAAAACAUUGUUGCGUGAACUAGCGUGGUUGCUAGGUAACUAUCUCCUGUGAAUAAACAUUCGUAUACCGUGGUUGCUAGGUGAAGGAAACACAAAGGUUACGUGAACCGGGUUCUAGCACGAAGCAUUAGUCAUAGUGCAUGUAUAUACAUAGAAGAGAACAAAUGGUAUGAGGGAAAGUGGGAAAAAAAACAGUGUACAAAAUCCAAAAAUGUUACUGCAAUAUAUGAACACACAGAAAUGUAAAGUGCAGGUGGCUGAGAGUGAUAGUAAAGGGGUAGGGGAGUCAAACAAGUCCAUUCUGGUAAAUCCAAAGAGACUAUGGUGUGCUAUAAACACAACGUCUCGGGUACAUAUUUCAUAACCUGUACACGUUUACACAUUAUCAAAUAAAUAAAACAAACAUAAUACACACUUAUCAUUGUAUUCAGUUAAUUUAGAGUUGGGUAUAUAAAGAUCCAAAUCUCCUAUCUCAUGUACUUCACGUAUUAUGAUCAAAUUCCCCAUUAUUCCGUGGUGCAUGGGUUCUGUGAAAAGGCAGUGUUUACACUGAAAUGCCUGCAGGGACAGGCCAUAGACACCAGAACUACAUUAAUCUGUUCCUUUAAUUUAUUAUUCUCUCUCCCUUGCCACUAGCCUUUUAUUUGUAUUUCAUAUCUUUUCUACUCUGGGGGGCCCUCUGUAGCUAAGAGCAGGCCUUUUGUUGUUCUCUGACCCUGAUGUUACUAUUUGCCAUUUUUUGAGAUUGAUAUUAUGCAUGAAUUGUGGGUAAAUGUCAAGUUUUGCCAAAUUCACUGUUUCGCAUAAGGAAAACUCGAGCAGUUAAGAAACAGGGAGCUAUAUUGAAGCAGAUUAGAUCAGGUCCAUUUUUGUAUUUUUGGUGAAAUAGCCUCUUUAAAAAGAGAGAAUGCUGACCUUUAAAAAUUCCUAUGGAAUUUCCAGCAGUGAGCUCUGUCCCAACUAGGACACCGACCAGCCAAUCCUAACAUUCCAAAGUGUGUGUGUGUUUUUUGGUUAUUUUAUAUAGAAGUGGUGAGCAUAUCCCAUAAAUCCCUACUUCAAGAGAAAUAUGUGGAAUAUGUAGAUAGUUCAGGACUAGUCAGGACUUUAGUUACAUGCCACUGUAAGUCAUAGUAUUGAUCACUAGGGGAGGUUUUCUACUCGCCAAGGCUAAAUUUUCACGCACCAAUGGUUAGUGUCAAGUGGAAAUGUUGAACCUUGAGUUAGUUCAUCAAAAAAUGUGAAGUUCCUAUCCAAGCUUAAAGAGAAACAUUGAGGACACAUGGUGCGUGUGGCACUACAGCUCAUGCCACUAAAUAAAUGCCUCUUGUUGAGGCGCAUUGAAGGGUAAUCUUCACACUUGCAGGCCCAGCCUUCGAAGAGCAGCGCCUGACAGUCUAUUCAAGUCAAAAUAAUUAAAAGCUGAUACUGCAGGGACACUAUAAAAGUACAAUAUCCACUUCAUUAAAAUGAAGUGAUUAUGUUGCCUAGAUUGUUACUUAAAAAAACUGGAGACAUAAUAUGACAUUUGUCGGUACAUAAACCAAGCAAGUGUAAAAAUUAACUAUCAAUCUCAAUACCAAAUGAACAAAAAGACCUGGGUUCUUAAAGGGAUACUAGUUUCUGGCACUAUCCCCAGAUUUACAUUACUGGGUUAAAUACAGCUCUAGUGACUGUCAGAAAGAAGAGCUUGUUUUUUGGUUGUUUUUUUUUUUUUAAAUCAAUAUUUAUUUUAUUGAGCAUUAGAAUAGUUCAGAUAGUACAACAUAGAUAAUUUGCAAUGAAUAUGAUAGUUCAACUAAUGACUGCUCGUUUUAAGAAAUGAUACCGGAUAUUAAUAGCCUAGCAAUUGUGCAAAUGGUACAUGGCACAAGUAAACAAUCUGCCUAGUCUGAAAUUAGUACCAUAAUGUUGAAUAAUAGGAUGCUUAAUGGUACUUGAGUGAGAACUAUAAGGACCAAGAUUGGUCAAAUCAACACACGUUUGUUGACACCCAGAUAGAGUGAGAGCAGAGAAAAGAAAACCAUAAGACUGGAAACCAAUAAAUAAAAUAAAAAAUAGAUAUUAAACCAUAACACAGUGCAGCAAAUGUGGUUUUAUGCUUCACAGCCAUAUCACAAAAGUAAGACGAAGAGCGUGUGCUCGUUAUCAAAUACACAUAGACUAUAGAGGGAAACAUCUCCAUGGCUAGUGUGUUAUAAGGGAAGGAAGUGGCCUACUCCCCCAUCUACAUCUAGAUUAGGCCACAAUCACGGGAGCUGUAAUCUCCUCUCAGAGGAGCUGAAAAUCAAGAUGAAACUGUUUGGAGAAUAGCACCAAGCUCUAAAGCCUGGACCCCAGGCAGAAGGUGCAUAUUGCGAGUAACAAUGCCAGUAGAUAGCCGCUUGGACAAAAGAUCAGAGGAACUUUUCAUUAAUUUUUUUAAUUAUCCGUAUCAUGCUUUGUGAAUGGGUGCUCAAACCCACCCUGUGGUGUUUCUUUAAAAUCUAUCAAUUAUUUGUUCUGAAAGAGGUUAAAAACAUUAUUUCUGACUAGUGCAGGUUUUCUGCUGCAAAUGCAGAAUGUUUUGGGUGUCAAAUAAAGAACGAUGAGUUGGAGGUGAAUCUAACUAUGCGUGAAAUUGUAGCAGUACAAAAGAUUGCCCACAUUUGAAAGUUUCUAAAUUUAGCUAGUGGAUUAAAGAUGGAGAUAUCACCAUGUUCUACCUCAUACCAAAAAUGAAACCGUGUUUUGAAAUAAAUCGGCACAUUUUCAAGAAAGAAAUAGGUUUGGUUUGUGUUUUUUUAUUUAUUUUUUUUUUUUUAUUACAGUAUAAUAGAAGCAAGUAGGUGCAAUUUUUAAAAAAUAUAUAUAUAUAUAUUUUACAAUAAUCUAUAAAACUUUACAAAUCUUGGGACAUUAUGCAACAAGUAUAGCCUGCUUAUGGAAAACAUCUAUAGUAAUAUAAAUGAAAAGUGAUUGUACUGGUGUAUAGUUUCUCAACACGUGGUGCAUAUACCCCAAGGAGUAUGCCAAGAGCCAAACGGUUGGCCACCUUGGCAUUCCAUUCUCACUGUACCGUGUUAUGUUAAUUAUAAAAUAACUGAGAACAAUGUUGAGCAGGCAAGAUCACUUUUGGGCCCAUACAUCACUUUUUAAGAAAUGGGUGAACGGAUGAUAAACCAGAGUGGUUCUAUAUCUUAUAGCGUGACAUUUGUUGUUUUUUUGUUUUGUUUUUUUAUAAAUGGGUUUUUUUUUUUUUUCUUCAUUGGUCAUGUAGUCUGGAAUCCAUAAAAGUAGUUUGGUGUAUUACUGAUUUAGAAGAAAUUUCAUUAGAAAUUACAUUAGUUGUUUUAAACCUCACUAUUCAGAAUUUUAAAUUAAUUUGAUUGUAUUCCCUUUAGUGAGAAGUAAUAAAGCACAGCUGUUGUCUCCAUAAUUCUCAUCCCUUCUUGUUAGAACACAAGCAUUCUUGAUUAUGUCUUCAAAUACCACACUAAAAAAAAAAAAAUGCAGGCUUGCUGUAUGUGAUUCUUUUGUAUUCUAUAAAGAGAACAGUCUAAAAAAAAAAAAAAUAAUAACAAAGAUGGAUUGUUUAAAUCGGAUGCUGCAUAUGGUCAGGGUUUAAAAGGCAAAUUACAAUUCAUAUUUAAUAAAGGGAGAGUUCAUUUAAAUUUAGAACCAGAUCUGUAAUUUGCUCAUUACUCAUCACAUUUUUGGCAGUUAAUCAUAUUAUCAAAUGGUAAUUAGUGGGGGGUUUUUUCCUUUUGUUUAGAAAGUGUGUUAUCAUGUAUAUAUGAUGGCAUUUGUGUAUAAUUGUGCCAGGAAAAAAAAACCUGUAAGAACUGGUGACAUUUUGAUUCUCAGUUGCAUGCGCUACAAGACCUCUAAGAAUACAUGUACAUUUAAGAUAGCAUCUUUGAAAUCCUACACCCUGUAUGUUUUAUUUGUGUAUAUUGGUGCUUAGGGGUACACCAUUUAGUAGGUUUUCUUCUUCUUGCAUAUAGUUGAGAUAUUGUACAUAGCCUCGUACAGUUUGCACAUUGGGUCCUUUCUGGGGUGGUAGACCUCUAUUUAUAACAAUCUGGUGCUGAGUGCCUGUUCCUGUGCAGCUAGCAUUAGUACCUCAGAGUUGUCUUUCAGUCCUGCUUCUUCCAACUACUUGUAGAAUUCUGUGAUGUGAGCCACAUCCGCAAUCUACAGAUGUUGCUUCUCUUAUGGAGAGGUCUGUCAAACCAUUGAACCUCUUCUUUAUCCAUCGUGUUCAGCUCUUAUCUUGACUAGGAGCCGCACUUUAAUAAUAAUCUAAUUACUGGUAGGACGUAUUUGUUGAUGGAAUGUACUUGUAGUUGUUCUCUAUGGCUCCGAUUUGGCCUUCUGGCAAUUAAGUCCUGAUGAUUUUUCCUGUCAUCUGGCCAUACGUAUCUAGUCUGGUUGCCAGUGCUGUCACCUUUUGCUUGGUUGUUUCCAGAGCCUCUGGUACGGGUACACACUUGUAAUUUAGCAGUAGCCAGAAUCUGUAAUUUUUUUUAAUUUAAAUUUUUUUUCUUUCCACCUCUGUGAAAUGCAUGGAGCUUAUGAGUUGACUUUUUGGCUUAUUUUCUUAGUCUUUAUGGUGGGCAUUGUCUCUUUCAUCCUGACCUUGUAGUCAAGUAUUUGAAUGCUGUGUCAUAUAUGAGCUGAUGGGAUGAGAGUCUGUCUGCAGAGCUCUAUCUCCCCCUCCUCUUUCAGAGUGUCUUCAGCCCUCCCAGCCGUGCAGUCAGUAAGCUGGGAGGAAGUAACAGUCACUUCCUCCCAGCACUCUCUGCUCGGGAGGGACUCAGUAUCUGCUCUCUGCAGCCUUCCAUCCUCCAUGCCGCACGAUCUCAGUAUGCAUUCGCUCCAUAAGACGCACAAACAUUUCCCCUUACUUUUGAGGAGCUCUUAUGGAGCGAAAAAUACGGUAUGUGUGGAUAAUAAAAGUGAAUAAUAAUGGUUUUGAUUGUAACAUGUUAUAAACAUAGAAUGUGACAGCAGAUAAGAACCAUUCGGCCCAUCUAGUCUGCACAAUUUUCUAAAUACAUUCAUUAGUCCCUGGCCUUAUCUUAGGUCUAGGAUAGCCUUAUGCCUAUCCCACACAUGCUUACACUCCUCACUGUGUUAACCUCUACCACUUCAGCUGAAAGGCUAUUCCAUGAGUUCACUACCCUCUCUGUAAAGUAAUAAUUCCUGAAAUUAUUUUUUUAAACCUUUGCCCCUCUAAUUUAAGUCUGUUCUCCUGUGGUGGUAGUUUUUCUACUUUUAAAUAGUCUCCUCCUUUACUGUGUUGACUUCCUUUAUGUAUUUAAAUGUUUAUAUCAUCUCCUCCCUGUCUCGUCGUUCCAAUCUAUACAUGUUAAGAUCCUUUAACCUUUCCUGGUAAGUUUUAUCCUGCAAUCCAUGAACCAUAUCAGCAUAUUUGUUUUUUGUGGCAAAACCAUUUUUGUAUUUUUAUCACAGUAAAAAAAAUAGUUUCACUCACUUAAUUAACUAGACCUUAGUGUUGUAUUGCGAAUAUAAUAUGUUAUAUUAAUAUAUUCUACAUUUUUUUUCUUUUUCCAAUAUAGCGAUAUGCAGGAGCUAUACUUGAAGUUUGCGGAUGAAAAUUGGGGAGGUUCCCUCAAGUCCAGGGUAAGUACGCAGUACAAUAUUUGAUCAUUUGUAGAAAAAAAUAUGUUUUCCACUCUUGUGUUUCACAGUAUCUUAAGUUAACAAAUGACUUUUCUGUCCAUUUAAUUGUAUCCAGUUGUCAUUCAUAGCAGUGCUUGGAACACACAUACUCAUUCUCUCCCUCUCCCCUCUCCCUCCCUGUCUCCUAGCUUGUUGUUUGGCUAAGUCUAACAUUAGGGUUACAUUAAUUGUUUCCAGCUACUGCCCUUUACAUAGAGAGAGAGUAUCCUCUUCUUGUCAUUUGGUCUGUUUUUUUCAGUCACUCAUGCACUGUACAAUGUAAUGUUCUAUCUCUAGGUGAAAAAUUUGGCACCUCUCCAGGUUAAUUAGUUUUAUUAUUUACAUAAUUCUCCACUUAUAUAAAUACAUUCAAAAGUGUACUGCUGCUCAGUAUCUAUAUAUCAUCAACUCUCCCAGAAUGCCAUGCACAGUAUGCAAAUAAAUAUUAAAGGAGCACUAUAUGGUCAGGAACACAAACAUGUAUACUUGAUUCUCUAGGGUUAAACCACCAUCUUGCCACCCUGGUCCCCUAAUGCCUCCUUAAAUAUAGUAAAUCUUACUUGUAUUCAAGGCUGAAGUUGCUGGCUUUGUCACUGUUUACUUUUGACCUGCCUGCUGACAUCAUCAGAAGUGGUAGCCUGAUCCACACAUAAUGCUUGCUCAUAGGAUUGGCUGAGACUGACAAAGAGGCAGAUCAGGGGCAGAGACCGCGUGAUUCAAACACAGCCCUGGCUAAUCAUCAUCUCCUCAUAGAGAUGAAUUGAAUCAAUGAAUGUAUAUGAGGAAAGUUCAGUGUCUGCAUGCAUAAGGAGACACUGAUUGUUUGGAUGCAUUUUAGGCAGCCAUGACCCAGGAACGAUCUCUAACUGCUAUCUUAGGAGUGGCCAGUGAAGUUAUCACUAGGCUGGAUGUAAACACUGCAUUUUCUCUGAAAAGACAGUGUUUACGGCAAAAAGCCUGAAGGUAAUGAUUCUACUCACCAGAACAAAUCCAAUAGGCUGUAGUUGUUCUGGUGACUAUAGUGUCCCUUUAAAUAGUACUGACAUUGCCUCAGCUACUCAAGUCAGUGGGAUGUCCUCUAUAGUUUGCUGUUACUGUACUGUCUUUUUGUCAUUGCCAUGGCCGUCCCUCCAUGCUGCUUUACAGCAACCAUUAUGAAACUGCAUCAAGCAACAUUACAUUCUAUUUUUGCAUUCAAAGAACAGGCCAACUAUUCAAGAUGCUUUUCCCUUGGUUUUUAUUUUUUGGUGUUUUUUUUGUUUUUGUUUUUUGAAAAGACACCUUUCCAUGGUCACAUUUGUCAGAUAAGUUUCCACCCAUUCUUUUUUUUUUUUUUUUUAAUUCAGUUCCACUUUAAGCUUAUGUUUUAAGAGGAUAACAAAAAAGAGAUCAGAGAUAUGAGUUAUGAAAAGAUUGUAAAAUCUGUGUUCUCUGAUCUAGUUAAUCUAAAUAGAUGACAUGAGUAGGUGAUAUAUCUCUUGCUUUGUUCAUACCAUCAGACAUCCUGUAAGUUAGCAGAGCAUGAUGGAAAAUGUAGUGCUCCACAAGCCACUGCAAAGAUAACGCUAGCCAGCCCUGUCAUCUUCAGUUCUAGUCAACAAAAGACAAGAACUGCCAUAGUGGCAGAAUAGUUUUAAUUAUUUUGUGUCCUUCCGUUUCCUUGUUACAGCUGCAGUACUCCUUUGCAACCAAUUCACUUUUUAAUGUAUCUUUCCUUGUCUGGUGUGUUACCAUGGGGAUUGAAAAACACAUUUCCUGAUGAAUUGUGUUAUGUUUAAUUAUCUCAUUCAGUUGCAUGGUUUGUAAGACAUUAAAAAUAAUUAGGUUUCCUAAAGAAAUAUGACCUGACCAAUUAGAUAAAAUCCCCAUUGUCUUAUUAGAACAGAUGAAGUUAGAAUUGCUGGACCAAGAAGAAAUAUGUAGCCCAAUUCAUUUUAGGACUUUGUAAUGCUUCCAUUACAAUAUCAAGGUUGCUUAGCAUCCCACAGGGCCUAGCACAUUAACAUACUUUGUAUUGUAAGUAAGUGUAUAUGUAACUCACAUCCGUUUCCCUGUAAUGCAGCUAAUCGAUUAGAUAUCAUUUGCUGCAGCAGCCCUGAUCAAACCUAAAUUUAAGUAAAUUUUUAUAUAACUAAUUUUUGAGAAGUUUCAAUUCACAAAUGUGAAAAUGUAAGAUAUUUCUAGAUUUUUACUUUUAUUGCUCCAAGCUGCCACAAAGGUAUCUGUGCAUUUUCUUGGACCUGACUUUGAAUCUAGUUCUUGUUGCAUUCUAAUUGGCUUCUUUGUGUUUUUUAGAAUAUCGCUUUAGUUGCAGGUAUCGUAUGGGUUAUUGUUUUCUUUUCUUUUUUACCACACUCUUCUUCCUCCCCCUUUCUCUGCAGUAAAAAUAUAUAACUAACCAACAAAUACAUUAUGGCACAUGUGCCUUGUAGCUCAGAGAUACCUGAGGUGGCACUUGCUCUCUGCCUUAAGUAGACAUCUAUACUGCAGACUUUCUUAAGUGUGUCAUGCGUAGGUGCUUAACUACCCAUGGAAUCAUCAUCAUCAUCAUCAGACAACCUUUCAACCUCUGCAGAAAGAAAUGCUACAUGGGGAAAGGCUUUCUUACUGCCAAAAGAAAGUAUGCUGCUAUUGAAUGGUGUGAUGCUAAUAUAGAGGAGGGUGGGCUGAGGUGACUGAUGUUGAAAUAGACACUGAUAUGGCAAGGGAGAAGAGAUGGGGUUGUUGUGUUAAUAAAGGGGGAUUUUGAUCCAUUCUAAAGAGUGGCAAAAGGUUACACACCUAGCAUAAAGAGGUGUGUGGGAAUGCAAGGGAUUGAAAAUGAAUACUGAAACUGAACUGGAAGAGAAAUGAGUAUUUAAUUGGUAUAUAUGAAAGUGGAAGACACAAUUGGUACAGAGAAAGGAAUGCAUAAUUAGAAUGUAGGGAGGAUGAAUCUAGCACAAAUAGGAGUUAAGACACUGAUGUUGAUGGAGGAACUGGAUGCAAGAAUGUAAGCACAGGGCUCACAUAUUGAGGGAAGCUUAGGAAAUUAAGUAACAGGAUAGGAAAGUGGAAACUGAGAUCGGGAACAUUUUAUACAAUGCAAAAAUGGGUGUGCGUUUUCUAGGUUGAAAACAUACUAAAGUCCAUCAAGUUCAACCCUGAGACAUCACGUGCAAAGUAACAUCCACAUGAAUGCCUGGAACCAAGGUUUCCCAGCAGAACAUUGUCUAGAGCAUAACACUGCCUCUACCAGCUUGCCCUCUUCCCCAGGGAAAUGACACGCACACACCCGGCCUUCCACCUGAUCUAAAAGAAAAUUAAUCAGACCAGGCAACCUUCUUCCAUUGCUCCAUGGUCCAGUUCUGAUGCACAUGUCCCCAUUGAAGAAGCUUUUGGCAGUGGACAUCAUGGGCACUUUGACUGGUCUGCGGCUACACAGCCCCAUGUGCAGCAAACUGCAAGGCAGUGUGUUCUGACCCCUUUCUAUCAUGGCCAGAAUUAUUAUUAUUUUUUUAUCAAUUUGAGCUACUGUAGCUCUUCUGUGUAAUCAGACCAUACCGUCUAGCCUUCACUUCCCAUGUGCAUCAGUGAUCCCUGUGAGCCUAAGACUCUGACUCCGGUUUACCAGUUGUCUUUCUUGCACCACUUUGGUAGGUGCUAACCACUGCAUUUUGGGAACACCCCAUAAGGUUUGCUGUUAUGAAUAUACUCUGAUCCAGGCAUCUAGUCAUCACUAUUUAGCCUUUUAAAGUCACUCAGAUAUUUUCGCUUACCCAUUUUAACUACUUCCAACAGAUGAAAUUCAAGAACUGUUUGUUUACUUGUAACAAUAUAAUCAAUGUUAUUCAUUUCAUUUGUCAUUGGUUUUAAUGUUGUGACUGAUCAGUGUAUUUCUGCAAACUUGUCACUCAGGCUUAGACACAUUCAACUUUUCAAUGUGCUAUUAUUCUUUAUGUAAAAUCCAUUUAUAGUGAGGCAUCACAAAAUCUUUUAGAAUUGGAUUAGUACAAUUGCAUUUAUUUGUAUACAUCUCUCCUGAAGAAUUCAAGGUAUGUUGUUGUUUUUUGUCUUUCACAGCUUUUGUCAGGAGUGAGAAGCCCAAGCUUUUCAAGGGUCUGCAGAUUAAGGUACUUUUCAUUUUGUCCGUUUUUUGUGCAUCUAUACACAACUGCUUCAUUAAGCUAAAGUUGUUUUGGUGACUAUAGUGUGCCUUUAAUAUAAAAAAAUAAUAAUUAUACUUACAUGUAAUCCAACACUGAGACUAUCUCCUCUCAGCGGCCACUCCACUGUCUUUGAGAUCACAUUGAUGAUCUUGGUCUGUUCAACUCAGAUCUACAUCACAUGUGCAGCAAUUACUGAAAUCUUCUAACCAAGAGCUUCUCUAUGAGAAGCAACGAAUGAGUUAGACAUCAUCAUGCUCUGUGUGAAGACUUUCUAUUUUUAAUAUUCUAAAGGAGGAAGUGCCUGUAGUUGCUUUCUGUCUGACAACCAGUAGAGGUGUAUUCUCUGGAAAAAUAUAUUGCUGUUUCUCAGGGGGAAAAAAACAAUGGUUUACAUUGCUAGAGAGAAGGGACAGCAUCUAUUCACCAAAAUAACUACAUUAACGAGUAGUGGCACUGAUGCUGAUUUCCUUUUAAAUCUUCUUUGUGAUAUGACACUUUGAUCUAUCGCAUAGUCUUGGAUACUUUAAUACUGCAUUGUCACUGUUAUUUUGCUUUUUCAGUAUGUGCGUGGAUCCGAUCCUGUGCUAAAGUUGCUGGAUGACAACGGGAACAUUUCUGAAGAACUGAGCAUUCUUAAAUGGAAUACAGAUAGCGUUGAAGAAUUCUUGAGUGAAAAGCUACAUCGAGUUUAAUUCCUUUUUUUUAUCAUUAUUGAUCCACAAAUCCUGCUAGUGCAAACUAUUGUGUUUUUCUUUGCAGCCAUUUAUGUUUGUAUUUCUUUAUGUGGUGAUAGAGGGCAAAGAAAACAAAAAUCAAACAUUCUUGAAAACUUGUUGGAAGAUCACAUGUGGGACCAGGUGCAGUUUUUAAAGGUGGUAGGAUUGGUUGUAACCGCUCUAUUCCUAGCUUAAAGAGCCUCUGUACCAUCCUUUGAAUAGAGUAGUUCACAAGCUACAAAAAUUAAACAAGUGUAAUGAUACAUAACCAACAAUUUAUCAUGUAUUUGACAUAUGGCUGCAUUUUAAGACACAUUUAAUUUAAUAUUCAUGUGCACAGUGUCUCGCAAACUAAUCUAUUUUGGUGAGGCAAAAAUGAUAUACUUCCUUAAUCAAAUAUAGCACAACCUCAGAGUUAAAAUUAACAAAUUUCUUCUAUUUUAGCUAGAAACGUUUUCAAACCUAAACUGUGGGUCAGAAUUAUUGAAACAACCGCUUUUGUACAGUUUUUCAGUAAGGGAAGCAAAGAUCUUUUUAUAGGUGCACUGUGCCAUAAACACAGGAUGCCAUUCAUCAAAAGUGAUUACUAGUAAGCUAGAUUUCAUGCAGAAACUGCCUUAAUCUUUCCAUGAUCAGUUUUUGUUAGAAAUGUGCACAUUUGGUGCGUUCGGCAAGCAGUUGGGCAGUGUUUAUGGCACUUGGGUAAAAUUGAGCAUGGUAGCUCUUUAGAUGAAUUUCACCCUGUCCUUUUAGUGCCCUUUUUGAGUUCAUAAUCAUUUUGUAUUUCUGCUUUUUCUAGAUGUUAUUUACAGUAUCUUGCAAAUGCGGGAUCUUUGAAUGGACGUGUUGUUUUGUGAUUAUGAAAGGACUCUGUUCAUUGCAGUAGAUGUGACACAUUAAGGUCAUACACUUUAGUGAAGGCUACACAUAAAACCUUUAAAAAAAGGCUUGUGAAUGUCUGAUGUCCUGUGUAAUGGCUCAAAAUGUCUUGCUCUACUGCAUUAAAUAUGAGUUGGAUGGACUGAUCUGUUAAAGAAAGAUGGUUAAAAAAAAUAAUAAACAUUUUCCACGUUUUCUGACAUUGGGUUUCAUUGUUGGUUUUGUGUGUUUUGUAACUUUCUCGAAUGUGU